AUGUCUUCUUCAAGUAAUAUUUCACAGUCUACAUAUUCUCCAUCGGAACCAGAAACCCCACAUAGCACAAAACAAAGCAGAAUUCAAAAUUUUGAUCAGUCUUUAAAUCAUGCUGACCUGGGGUUAAGCAUUGAGCAAUCAAUGAAAAGUGUGCAGAAGGAAGAACAUCAGAAACGGAUCCAAACAUUGAGAAAAGAACUAGAUUACUUGAAGUCUACUGAAUGGGAGUUUGAGUAUGAAAAAGGAUUUGUCCAAUAA